AAGGCAAGGCAAGACUCUACACAAUCAACAAAGAAACAAAAAUUAUACGGUGUGAUAAUAGAGAGAAAGAAUACGUGGGAGGAGAAGAGGAAGGGAAAGAAGAGAAGUCUCAUACCUCAAGCUUAGGGAAAAUCACUACAAAUUCAAAAAUGGCAGGACGUAAUGACCACGCAAUCGCAAACGCUUUGACUGCCGUAGCUCAAGCUAUUCAGAGAAGUCAGAAUCAGCAGGGAGGUAAUGAUGAGCGCAAACUAAAUCAGUUUAUGAAGCAAGUGCCUCCAAAAUUUGAUGGAGGUCACAAUCCUGAUGAUGCUUACAAGUGGUUACAAGAGAUUGAAAGGAUCUUUCGGGUCAUGGAGGCGAUCGAUGCGCAAAAAGUGAUGAUGGCUACUCACCGAUUAACUGAUGAAGCUGACUUCUGGUGGGGCAAUGCACGUCAGAGGAUGAUAGCUGCUGGUACUCUUAUGACUUGGAACAACUUUAGGAAUGAAUUCUUGGCAAAAUAUUUCCCAACUAACGUAAUGACCAAGAAGGAGAUUGAGUUCCUGAAAUUGGAGCAGGGCAGUAUGACUGUAGCUGAAUAUGCUAGAAAGUUUGAAGAACUAUCACGAUUUUGUCCCCACAUCAAUGCAGUGGGAGCAGAAGGUUCUAUCAAGUUUGUAAUCAUUUUUAUGGUUUUUGGCCAAUUUUAGUGUUUGUAAUCGUUUUUAUGGUUUUUGGCCUAUUUUAGUGUUUGUAGUGUUUAUUAUGGUUUCUGGCCUAUUUUAGUGUUUG